AUGACUUGGUCUGUAAGCAGUUGUUUCAUCACUCUGGUCGUUCUGUUCCUUUGGCGGGUCGAAGACAUUGCAGAAGCUUGCAGAUGCGCCCCUGUGCAUCUUCAACAGGCUUUUUGCAGUGCAGACGUCGGUAAGGCAAUUUUGGCAACAUUUCUGACUUCUCAGCUUCUCUUCACAUGUUGAUAGAUGGGCUACUACAGUGGUUCUUAACUCCGGUAACCCCAACAGUACAUAUUUUUUAUUGUAGCCCUGGACAAGCACACCUGAUUCAACUAAUCAUCAGGUAUUUUUGUCUGGGGCUACAAUGUGUGCUGUUGGGGAUACUCGAAGGCUGGAGUGGCGAACUACUGGGCUACUACAUUAUCAAUGCGCAGAAUGCAAAAAUGUUAAGAAUUCUCUGGUCUUAAUAAUAAAAAAUCAUGACAUGAUCAUUAAGCCUAUAUUUACAUAUUCUCACAUAAGUAGGCAACAGUAAGCUGGGCUACAGCCAGGUCUCUCCAACCCUGUUCCUGGAGAGCUAUGCUCCUAAAUGUCUUCAAUCCAACCCGCUGUAAUUAACCUGAUUUCAGUUCAUCAACCAGCUAAUUAUUACUCAGGUGCGCUAGAUUAGGGUUGGAGCGAAAACGUACAGGAUGGCAGCUCUCCAGGAACAGGGUUGAGAGCCCUGCUACACGAAGCGUUAUAUUUGGCGUUAGGCCAACACACUAUGCCUACAGUUGAAUUGUUAUUUAUCCAAAAGCAUACAUAUAUCAACUAAGUUAAUAGUAUUUUCCUACAUUUAACCCAAGGUACUCAGUUGUAGGGUGGACUUUAAGUCAAAUAAUAGUGGUAGGCUACAGAUGCCAUAUCUUAAUUUGAGCCAGAUUCACAUCAGGAAAAUUAUCCUACAGCAACAAGAUGUGGAUUAUAAUUGAUAUAUUUUUCUGUUGGCAAAUCAAGUCUGACAUUUUAAAGUGGAAAUUAAUCAUUAGAAGGCUUUUCAAACCUUGAAUACACUCAAAGUUUGCAUUUCAUGCUGUGCAGGAAAAUUCCUGAAACAUGAUGAUCAAAUUAAGAUAUGGCAUCUGUAUAUCACUUAUCUUGGACAGUUAACAUUUUGCUCCUUAAAAAGGAAUGUUAUUCUCAGCCUGACUUGUACUUGAAUUAAGAACGCACACAUGCUUCAUGAUUGUUAAACAAUGUUUUCUCUUUAGCGAAGUAGGCGACUACAAGGCUUCUGUACCCGUAGUAGCCACCAAUAUGAGAUUUUCAUAUUAAAUGGACAUUACACUCAAGUCUAAGUUUGUCUGUUUUCAGACUUCAAAAGUGAUCUUGUGUUGCGGUAAAUCCACCUCCCAGGCUCUCUAUUGUGUAGAUCCAGCUAUAGCCCAAUCCAAAUGAAUGGAGGAGAUGACAGAUAUCAUAUUGCGGUUUUUUUCUUGGUUGCCAAUAUAAAGUAUAAGACUACUUCAAAAUGGAGUUGGCCUCAAUGGUGCUGCCAGUGCUCUCACAGAGACCAUAAUAGGACAGAUUCAAAGAUGGACCAUGUCUGUUAUUCCUCCACUAGAUGGGGUCAUUCCUUCAAUCAUAUUCAGUGGUAAAUGCUCCAUGUGGAGGCUGAAUUUGGUUAAAAGGUAUGAGUUCCUCUUUGGCCAAACUACUCCCUGACCUCUCUGAGACUUCACUCACAUUUUCGGGUAAAUUACCAUAAUCUUCGGCAACCAUAACAUACUGCUGACUUGUCCGAUGGGAAAGUCCCUUUCUGACCUUAAAGUCAAUCUCUCUGUGUAGGGUAUGAUGACAUAUUGAUUAAUCGGUUGCAGAAUGGUUUUAUAUGGGCUAUGAUGAGAACAGAGUUUUUCUAAUCAGAUCACAUAGAUUUAAACUCCUGGAAAAACUCCUGGCCCUAUAGGGAGGAUGAAAACCCUGUCAAAAUGCAGCAACCUUCAAAUCAAAUCAAAGUUUAUUGGUCGAGUACACCCAACGCUUAAUUUGUAAAUUGGGAGGUGCCGGAACAAAAAGUGAGCGCGAGAGGAGGGUGACCUGGGGAGCGCUGAGGUACCGGAACGCAUGAGGGGAAAGAAAUAUCCUUUAUAAUAAAGCAUUGCGCGCAUAUCAUAGCAUUUACGUAGUGGCAUAGAGCAGUAGAGUAGAGGCACUUACAGAAGAUGCACACAUGGGGAAAAUUUUAGUAGCCUUGGGUCAAGGGAAAAUGUGGCCUUUUAUAAACGCAUUUCAUGCAAUUCUACAUCAUUUUACAUGACUGGAGACUUUGGCAGAAUAUUUUUUAAUACCGCACAAAUUAUUGAAAUGACAGGCUACUUUGACACUGACAAACUGAGAAUCUGAGAUCAAUAAAAACAACAUUGAAUCCAUCAAUAGCAUAGGCCUAGGUGUGUGGAGACAUAUUGUAGGCUACACUAUGAGGAGGAAAUUAUCAUCCUAAAAAUGAUAUCCAGUUUUACUGACUCACCCAAUCAUGCGCAGAUCAUUCGCUGGUGAUGGCAGAUGCGUUCGUGCCAAAAGCCUAUCUCUGUUGUUUUACUGUGUAAAACAAUAUUUGGAAGAUUAUCAAAUAUUUUGUUAACCUACAGCAGACAUAUUAGAGUCUUCUCUUUUCAGCAGGAGACAUAUUGUUUCCAACCUAUGUUUUCAUGCGAUUGCUUUUUAAAUAUUGUGAAAGGCCUGUUUUGUCUGCAUGCUGUGUCAGAUUUGCCGCGCGUUUACGACUCUAGGCUAUGCCUUGGUUUUGGGCUAAACACAAUUCACAGCUAGGCAAUAAAAAAUAGGCAUUUUCAUGGUGUAGUAGGCUAUUCAGAAUUAUUUCAUGUCUUUCUGAACAGACAGCAGUAAUUAUAUAACUUUGGCAAGUGUAUUGGAAUGUAUCAGGGGUGCUGCAGCUCCUCCAGAACCCUUCGCGUGUCUAGGAUUCUAUAAGGAAAUAAAUGAUGAAGUGCAACGCUGGAGAGAUGAGAGUUUCAGGCUCAUGUCUAUCAGAGCAGAGAGAGGGAGAGAGAUCAUAGAAAGUGAAUCUUAUUCUAGUUCUGUGAGAUAUACAGUGGGGGAAAAAAGUAUUUAGUCAGCCACCAAUUGUGCAAGUUCUCCCACUUAAAAAGAUGAGAGAGGCCUGUAAUUUUCAUCAUAGGUACACGUCAACUAUGACAGACAAAUUGAGAAAAGAAAAUCCAGAAAAUCACAUUGUAGGAUUUUUAAUGAAUUUAUUUGCAAAUUAUGGUGGAAAAUAAGUAUUUGGUCACCUACAAACAAGCAAGAUUUCUGGCUCUCACAGACCUGUAACUUCUUCUUUAAGAGGCUCCUCUGUCCUCCACUCGUUACCUGUAUUAAUGGCACCUUUUUGAACUUGUUAUCAGUAUAAAAGACACCUGUCCACAACCUCAAACAGUCACACUCCAAACUCCACUAUGGCCAAGACCAAAGAGCUGUCAAAGGACACCAGAAACAAAAUUGUAGACCUGCACCAGGCUGGGAAGACUGAAUCUGCAAUAGGUAAGCAGCUUGGUUUGAAGAAAUCAACUGUGGGAGCAAUUAUUAGGAAAUGGAAGACACACAAGACCACUGAUAAUCUCCCUCGAUCUGGGGCUCCACGCAAGAUCUCACCCCGUGGGGUCAAAAUGAUCACAAGAACGGUGAGCAAAAAUCCCAGAACCACACAGGGGGACCUAGUGAAUGACCUGCAGAGAGCUGGGACCAAAGUAACAAAGCCUACCAUCAGUAACACACUACGCCGCCAGGGACUCAAAUCCUGCAGUGCCAGACGUGUCCCCCUGCUUAAGCCUGUACACGUCCAGGCCCGUCUGAAGUUUGCUAGAGUGCAUUUGGAUGAUCCAGAAGAGGAUUGGGAGAAUGUCAUAUGGUCAGAUGAAACCAAAAUAGAACUUUUUGGUAAAAACUCAACUCGUCGUGUUUGGAGGACAAAGAAUGCUGAGUUGCAUCCAAAGAACACCAUACCUACUGUGAAGCAUGGGGGUGGAAACAUCAUGCUUUGGGGCUGUUUUUCUGCAAAGGGACCAGGACGACUGAUCCGUGUAAAGGAAAGAAUGAAUGGGGCCAUGUAUCGUGAGAUUUUGAGUGAAAACCUCCUUCCAUCAGCAAGGGCAUUGAAGAUGAAACGUGGCUGGGUCUUUCAGCAUGACAAUGAUCCCAAACACACCGCCCGGGCAACGAAGGAGUGGCUUCGUAAGAAGCAUUUCAAGGUCCUGGAGUGGCUUAGCCAGUCUCCAGAUCUCAACCCCAUAGAAAAUCUUUGGAGGGAGUUGAAAGUCCGUGUUGCCCAGCGACAGCCCCAAAACAUCACUGCUCUAGAGGAGAUCUGCAUGGAGGAAUGGGCCAAAAUACCAGCAACAGUGUGUGAAAACCUUGUGAAGACUUACAGAAAACGUUUGACCUGUGUCAUUGCCAACAAAGGGUAUAUAACAAAGUAUUGAGAAACUUUUGUUAUUGACCAAAUACUUAUUUUCCACCAUAAUUUGCAAAUAAAUUCAUUAAAAAUCCUACAUUUUCUGGAUAUUUUUUUCUCAUUUUGUCUGUCAUAGUUGACGUGUACCUAUGAUGAAAAUUACAGGCCUCUCUCAUCUUUUUAAGUGGGAGAACUUGCACAAUUGGUGGCUGACUAAAUACUUUUUUUCCCCACUGUACAGGGCGCUACUCACACAGUCAUGGCCAAGCGUUGGUCUCAAACAUAUGUUACACAAACCAUAGGCCCAACCCGAAUAAACUCAGAAUAUCAGGCCCAGGCUGAAAAUCUAAUUAAAGAAAAGGCAACUCGAAUGAACUUUGAUCGCUUUUAUUAUAAUUUUUACAUUGCAAAUAGCGACAAUUACUUUUCAUGCCAGGAGAGGUAGGGAUCCGGACAAAUAGGUUCCGGAACGAAACAGUCCACAACGGAGAGAUGCCGGAUCAUGUUCCGGGAGGAUCCGGUUCAAAUUAAGCACUGCCUACACCGACUUGAAGAUGUCAUCGCUGAUGCAGCAAAAUGCUUGUGUUUUCUAGCUCCAAAAGUGCCGUAAUAUCUAGUAAUUAAAAAACAAUACACACAUAAUCGAAAAAGUAAAAAAAAGUACAAAUGAUCAGAACAAGCAAUAUCAGAGUCCGGAAUAUAGACAUGAUGGACAGUAUAUGAAUAGAAAAUGUGUGUACAGCAGUAGUUAUAGUAAAACCUUGUACUUACUCAUUUGAAUUAUAUUUUAAAACUAGACUAACAGGGGGGAUUUCGUUACACAGAGACAACUGUGAUUAGACAAUAUAACUAACAGGGCUGAGCUUACUUUAUGCAGGGUUGCAUCAUGUAGGCCCAUGGAUGGAAAUGGCCAGUGCCCCAAAUCCUUAAAUUCCAUCCCUGUGUAGGCCUAUAUACAUCUGUAAUUAAAAGUUACAGGUGCAUUAACACAGUCUAGCCUAUGUCAUCACUAUUUAUUGAUUUGAUGAAUUUUGGAUUAAAGAAGUUUGAAUAUAAACCAAAUUUGAUUACAUUCACAUUUUCUCUUAACACAGAUAUAUUGGCUUUGGCUACAAAUACACAACGUUACGGUUUGGUUUCCCCUGGCCAGAUUGGACACGGGCACAAAGAGGCCUACAGUUGCUCAGACUGAUACAGCAUGUCAGAUAGCUAAUGUUUAGGUGCAUGUUGCUACAACAUUUCUGUAACAAGUUUUUGCUUGUGUCUAUCGGGAGUGAGUUAUUUUCCGUUUGCUAAAAUAAUACCGUAGGAAAGUGGAAUGUGCGCUCUGCUUCCUAUAGACGUGCGCCAUGCCUGACCUGCGAUUUCAGUGAAUCCGAUUGGACACAGAGGUGGCAGUGGCAGUGUGUCACACUCGCAAAUGCUUCACAAUUUAUUUAUUUGUAGGCUAUAGCCUUGAAAUAAUGUAAAUAAAGGUUAAUAAUAUAGAAAUAAUUCCUGUCUGGCUCCUGACGUAUUUAGAGUGUUUAUAUGCUGUUUAAUACUACACGUAGCCUCUUUGAAAUGAUGAGCGCUUCUAACAGUCACUUUUUCAUGUUGUUUACUAAAAUACUUUUCUUAAAAUCAUAUGGUUUGGUUUAAAUACUUCAAAACCAAAUGGUAGGUCCAGGUAGUCACAAAAAUAGAUGGGUGUUGGUUAAAUUGUGAUUUUAAUGAUUGGAGCGAAUAUGGAACGGCAGUUUUUUUUUCAUGUGAGCAAGGAGAGGUUUUUAGCACUCAACUCCGCUCAAAUACUCUGAUAGAGAACAGAAGAUGCCACAAUGUUUGCAUGAUUAAUGCCUAAGCUAAUUAAUUUCCAUGUGUCCUAUCUGUGCUUGGCGUUCAAAACAGUUAACGCACACUAAGCUAGCAGUAAUAUUACAAAUCGUAUUGAAACAUGUUCUCAGAAUGUUAAUUAAUUACCUUCGAAUAACCUAUAAUGUCCAUUCUCAGAACGUCAACAAAACCUCCCAGGGCAACUUUUAGGGAACCAUAAUAAAACAUUCUGAGAACCUCCCUGCAAACUAAAAACGAACGUUCCCAGAACAGCUGAAAUGUUCACUUUCGUUCUCAGACUGUUCAGACAAACAGAUUUUGGUGCGCAUUAAAUGGAGUCAUGAGUGCAUUCAAGUGCGUGUUCCGUGGCAAAUCUUCUGUUCAGGACAACUCAGGGUAUAAUGCAUGUAAUUUUAGUAACUGUGGAUCAAACAUAGAGAUCAUGAACUUUGAUACUGUAAGUUACAUGAGUUUUCAAAUAUGGAAAGUGCACAUUUGGACUCAUUUGGUUUGUUUGUAUGACAUCAAAGCGGUAUUUAUUAUAAUCCUCAAUGUCUCAUCUUUCAUAACACAUCGACUCCUCUCGAUUUAAAGCAUUUCCCUCACUCAGACAAUAACACAUGUGCAAAAGUAGCCCAAUUAGCGGGAGGGAUGGGGUUAUCUUCUUGUUGUGCACGGUGCUCAAGUUUAUAACAGCUGUCAGUCAAAACCCCUACCAGUGCUGUGAAGCGAGAACCUGAGCUCUGACGUCAUGUAUAGCGUGUUCCUGUACAGCCAAUGCAUUCCAAUUUAGGCGCUUAUCAAUAACAAAAUCUGCCAUUUUCAACCCCAUACACAUGGGCUGAGUGAAAAGGGCUAUGGGUUGCCCAAUUGCCUAGGGUAGGGCUAUUCAACUUCUUAAGAGGUCUGGAGCAUGCUGGUUUUCUGUUCUACCUGAUAAUUAAUUGCACCCACCUGGUGUCCCAGGUCUAAAUCAGUACCUGAUUAGCGAGGAACAAUUAAAAAAUGCAGUGGCACUGGCUUCACAGCGAGGUCCAGAGUUGAGUUUGAGGGGCCUAGGCCAAGUGAACUGUGCAGUCAGGCAAGUUGAGCCUGCUUUAAAGUUGCCCCAGGUGUAAAAAAAAAAAACGGAAAACCACAAAACUGUAAGGAAUUCAAAUAGGCAUAUCCUAAAACUGAUAUUUCUGGUUCAUCCCCAUUGUUUAAGUGAAAGACAGAUAAUUUAUGGCAGCCGGGCAUAUUGAGCCUGCUCUGUGGUUGUCCCAUUAAGCAGUGGAUUUUUUCAAUGGAGUUGCAAUGGUUCUAGAUUAAAAUAAUGCUCAGCCUACCACUGGCUUGGUUCUGACUGGGGGAGGAGCUCAGAGCCUGCAAUAAAAAGCGGCUGAUUCCGUCAAAGGGAAAACAGAUUUCUAGGAGGUUUUUGUCUGUCUGGGAACAGGUUUGAAGGGAAAUACGUUCUAGUGUAGUUUACUCGUAGAGUAAACAUUUUCUCUCACGCUAUAGAUUGUUGAUAGAUAUCUUUUUCCAUAGCUGACAGAAUUACAAUUCGUUUUCAUAAUGACUUGGUCUGUAAGCAGUUGUUUCAUCACUCUGGUCGUUCUGUUCCUUUGGCGGGUCGAAGACAUUGCAGAAGCUUGCAGAUGCGCCCCUGUGCAUCUUCAACAGGCUUUUUGCAGUGCAGACGUCGGUAAGGCAAUUUUGGCAACAUUUCUGACUUCUCAGCUUCUCUUCACAUGUUGAUAGAUGGGCUACUACAGUGGUUCUUAACUCCGGUAACCCCAACAGUACAUAUUUUUUAUUGUAGCCCUGGACAAGCACACCUGAUUCAACUAAUCAUCAGGUAUUUUUGUCUGGGGCUACAAUGUGUGCUGUUGGGGAUACUCGAAGGCUGGAGUGGCGAACUACUGGGCUACUACAUUAUCAAUGCGCAGAAUGCAAAAAUGUUAAGAAUUCUCUGGUCUUAAUAAUAAAAAAUCAUGACAUGAUCAUUAAGCCUAUAUUUACAUAUUCUCACAUAAGUAGGCAACAGUAAGCUGGGCUACAGCCAGGUCUCUCCAACCCUGUUCCUGGAGAGCUAUGCUCCUAAAUGUCUUCAAUCCAACCCGCUGUAAUUAACCUGAUUUCAGUUCAUCAACCAGCUAAUUAUUACUCAGGUGCGCUAGAUUAGGGUUGGAGCGAAAACCUACAGGGUGGCAGCUCUCCAGGAACAGGGUUGAGAGCCCUGCUACACGAAGCGUUAUAUUUGGCGUUAGGCCAACACACUAUGCCUACAGUUGAAUUGUUAUUUAUCCAAAAGCAUACAUAUAUCAACUAAGUUAAUAGUAUUUUCCUACAUUUAACCCAAGGUACUCAGUUGUAGGGUGGACUUUAAGUCAAAUAAUAGUGGUAGGCUACAGAUGCCAUAUCUUAAUUUGAGCCAGAUUCACAUCAGGAAAAUUAUCCUACAGCAACAAGAUGUGGAUUAUAAUUGAUAUAUUUUUCUGUUGGCAAAUCAAGUCUGACAUUUUAAAGUGGAAAUUAAUCAUUAGAAGGCUUUUCAAACCUUGAAUACACUCAAAGUUUGCAUUUCAUGCUGUGCAGGAAAAUUCCUGAAACAGGAUGAUCAAAUUAAGAUAUGGCAUCUGUAUCACUUAUCUUGGACAGUUAACAUUUCGCUCAUUUGUUCCUUAAAAAGGAAUGUUAUUCUCAGCCUGACUUGUACUUGAAUUAAGAACGCACAUAUGCUUCAUGAUUGUUAAACAAUGUUUUCUCUUUAGUGAAGUAGGUGACUACAAGUCUUCUGUACCCGCAGUAGCCACCAAUAUGAGAUUUUCAUAUUAAAUGGACAUUACACUCAAGUCUAAGUUUGUCUGUUUCAGACUUCAAAAGUGAUCUUGUGUUGCGGUAAAUCCACCUCCCAGGCUAUCUAUUGUGUAGAUCCAGCUACAUGCCACAAUCCCAAAUGAAUGGAGGAGAUGAGCACCAUGUAAUAUCCAUAUUUGCGGUGCUUAUCUUUCCUAUUCAUUUGGAGUUGAGGUGUAGUUGGAUCUGCAUAACUGAUGGUGGGGGAUGUGGAGCCAUCUUGAGGUCUGAAAACAUCUGACAAAUUUAGAAUGGCGUGUAAUGUCCCCUUUAAGUAGCUGGUACAGCUGUUAGUAAAAACCCAGUCUACUGUAGUUUCAUUAGAUCAGGAUGUCUGCAAAACAAAAACUCUAUAAUUCCAGUGAUAAAAGCAACAAGUACUACUAUGUGGUGUACUGGUCCUAAUGAUGAUGGAACAGCUCUGGAAUAGAGUGAGCUUGACAUCAUUACAGGAGAAGUUCAUCUGUUUGUCAAGGACAAAUCUAAAAAAGAAAGUGAGGUUGGCGCUGUCAGCACCUUCUACCCAGACAGAUGGGCUGUAUGUGACUGUCUGUGCCUGUGAAGGCUCCUCAGCAGGCCAGGCACAUUAAUUUUCUCUGAUUACAGCUGAUGUAACACUCAUGUGUCUCAGUCUUCCUACCAGCACCUGGUUGGCACCUGAACCAUCUGCAGGGCAGCAUAGUUAAACCAGGCGUGUUGAAUUAAAGGAGCAGCAGAUGACCAGAGCUAGGAAUCUAGGACCGGGGGGGAAAAUGGACUUAGUCGUCUGUUUUGGAGCAAACCUAGCCAAAAAUGUUAUACCCAAACAGCGUCAACACAUGCAAAAACAUUCUGAAAAGACUGUAAAAUCUUGGGUCUGUAAAGCAUUCUACUGUUCUUCUCUUAGAUCCUAUAACACCCUUAAACCAUCAGUGUCUGACUGACCAGUAACUUAAUUGAUUAUUUCAGUGGAGUUAAACCAUGUUUCUCUUCUAGUGAUCAGGGCAAAGGUGGUUGGAGUGACUGUUGGGUCUAACACCAAGUAUGACAUCCAACAGAUUAAGGUAUGAUUAGCCUUUUUAUUAAGUGGAUGUUCCUUCCUGCACUGCAACAUUGAAGCCCCCUGAACCCCAGUCUGACAGCUGGUCCCAAUUUGCUCCUUGGCCCAACCCUUCAAUGUUUGCAGAUCUUCUAGAUGGGUAGAAGCAGUGUAGUUGUGGAGAUUCCACCAUAUGGAAAAAUAGCUUCUUUUAUAGAAAUGAGUCUUGCUAGAAAGCACAUUAUUCAGUCAACGUUCCUACCAGUCCUACACUAUGGUGACAUCGUCUAUAUGAAUGCAGCUGCCAUUUUCAUUAAAGCUUUUAAAAGCAGUUUAUCAUAAAGCCCUUUAUUACUGGUUGCAUUCUCUACCAGGAAGUUGGUUGGCUCUCUUUGACGUCACGUAGGUUGCUAAAUUGCUAGAUUUUCAUUUAUAAAGCCCUUUUACUCAAACUCACUGUACCUAACAUCAUUACUAACCUUCAGACAUUUGAGUUACCACAGCCGGUCUCAGAUCAGGGAUGGCUAACUCUGGAAAUUCCUUUGGUCUCUACUGAGUUGGGUGAAUCAGCUUGACAUGUUUUUGUUCCACAAAUACAGUGCAAUCUUCAAAAUGUUCUAUAUGUGAUGUUUUGGUGCCUCUAGGGCUAUUCAGAAAGCUCAUUGAGGACCUAAUUGUUUGUUUUAAUUUGUGUUUUUCUGCUUAGAUUGUGCAUUUGUGUAAUUCAGGGAUCAUCUGUAAAUAAAUAAAAAAGACCUUGGUCUCAGUAUGACACCCUGAUAAAACAAAGGUUAGAUUAAUAAAUAUUUAUAGAUCUGCAAACUUCCAAGGGUUAGGGCUGAGGGGAUGGGGUGUAGGGAGGGAAUUAGCAAAGACUGACUGCCUGAGAGCUGCAGUCAGUUAGGUUCAAAACUGUAUAUGUUUGACAGAUCCUUCUCGCUCUCCUCCUUGUGAUUGGCUAGAUGUUCAAAGGUCCUGACCGGGUUAUCCACGCCAUCUUCACUUCAUCGUCUUCAGCCUCGUGCGGCGUGACUCUGGAAACCAACAAGGAGUAUCUCAUCACCGGUGCAGUUCUCACUACGUUACCCAAGUUCCAUUGGCAGCACUGGUUAAACUGCUCAAACUAUUGACUUUAUCUUGUACAAGAAAACAAGUGCUUUAGAAACAAUACUUUCUCUGUACAUCUUCAAGUUACACUUGUAAUACUUAAUAUGUUAUGAAUUUAAAUGUUUUAUAACGAUUAUAAAUGUUUACAACUAAUGCAUUACUUAUUAUGAUAAAUUCCAGUGUUCUGGGCUGCAUCGGUAUGUCUACCUGCUCCAGGGUAGUUUCCGGAUCUAGGAUCAGUUUCCCCUCUGCUAAUCUUAACCGUUCAUGGGGGAACAGAGGUGAAACUGAUCCAAGUUCAGCGUCUAGGGAACACUUUUACCCUACACCAGGUUUUCCCCACAGCACAGUGAUGGCUCACUGUCUCCUCUCUGUCUGCAGGCCAGCUGAAUACUGCUGGAAGGAUGCACAUAAUAACGUGUAACUUUAUUCAGUACUGGGAGGACCUGAGUGGCACACAAAAGAAGAGCUUGACUCGACGCUACCAAAGCGGCUGCGAUUGCACGGUGUGUGACUGGAAUUAUAGUAAUAUUACUAUACACCAGUUUUGUUCAAUAUUUACUCUGGUAAAACACACGAGCUAGCGUAUUGGGGUAAUGAUCAGUCCGUCAUCUUGGUCUUUCUCUCUCCUUACUCCGAUCCACAGAUCAUCCGCUGCUCUUCCCUCCCCUGUCCGGUCAGCACCCCAGAUGAGUGCCUUUGGACAGACUGGUUGUUGGAAGAUGGCCAAAGCGGACCCCAAGCUAAGAACUUUGCCUGUCUCAAGAGGAGUGAUGGGUCCUGUACCUGGUACAUGGGGAUGGCUCAAUCCAAUAAGUAGUUCCUGGAUAUUGAAGACUCCUGAACUCUACAGGCCAUCCGCUCCGUGACUAAAGAUGCCUGCAAUUAAUAACUGGUCACUUGUGUAAUAAAAAAAACUACUACUCAAAUAUAGUGCUUCAAGUGUUAAUUUCUUGUGCCAUUCAUCUGUUUUAAAAAAAAAAAAAACUGGAACCAAAGGUGUUAGUGAAACCCAAAAAGGGUGACAUCAAAGUGGUGUUGGCCGACGUGGUUGUGUUUCUAAAUAGAACAUUAUUCCUGAAAAAUACCAUCCGAAUGCCUGGGGCAUGUUCAGCUGGGCACGACAUUGUAAAACAUUCAGAUUGUAUUGUAGUGUCUAAACAGUUUAUGAUUUGUUGAUGUUUGCAAAUGGUGUGUUAGAGGAAGUCUUAUGUGGAGUCCUGGGAUUGGUUAAUGGGAAACCACCCAUUAUGUUACAUAGGAUAUAAAUACCAUGGUUGAAACAGGAGGGGUAGUAACAACAUUAAGAGAUUGGGCCAUUGUUCUCCAGAUGUCUGUAAAUUGGCGCUGAGAUCUUCAAUGUAAUAAAUAAUUAUAAUCGAGGACAGUGUCAGCGGAUUUCUUGUUCUCUCAGCAUCGUUUUCUCGACACUACAGUAUGUUAUGUACAUAAACAAACAGGCUUCUCUGACGUGCAGGCGUGGUUCCCUAGUGCACGCUAAAUAAAUCUUAAUUAAACUGCUGAAAACCCUCCCACUUGCUGGCCAACCGAUUGUCAGGGUUUUCAGUACAUUUAUCUAAAGUCAUCACUUUAAAUUUGUACUUAAAUUGUUUUCCAUUUCCUCGACACUCACUACCCCACUGGGCCAUAACUGGUUGAAUCAACGCUGUUCCAUGUAAUUUUUAACACGUGUUGAACCCUCGGCUCAUGCUUCUAAUGUUUGCAGAUUUCUAGAUGGGUAGAAGCAGUGUAGUUGUGGAGAUUCCACCAUAUGGAAAAAUAGCUCUUUUAUAGAAAUGAGUCUUGCUAGAAAGCACAUUAUUCAGUCAACGUUCCUACCAGUCCUACACUAUGGUGACAUCGUCUAUAUGAAUGCAGCUGCCAUUUUCAUUAAAGCUUUUAAAAGCAGUUUAUCAUAAAGCCCUUUAUUACUGGUUGCAUUCUCUACCAGGAAGUUGGUUGGCUCUCUUUGACGUCACGUAGGUUGCUAAAUUGCUAGAUUUUCAUUUAUAAAGCCCUUUUACUCAAACUCACUGUACCUAACAUCAUUACUAACCUUCAGACAUUUGAGUUACCACAGCCGGUCUCAGAUCAGGGAUGGCUAACUCUGGAAAUUCCUUUGGUCUCUACUGAGUUGGGUGAAUCAGCUUGACAUGUUUUUGUUCCACAAAUACAGUGCAUCUCUAUAUGUGAUGUUUUGGUGACCUCUGGGCUAUCAGAAAGAUAGGACUAUGUUUGUUUGAAUUUGUGUUUUUCUGCUUAGAUUGUGCAUUUGUGUCAAUUCAGGGAUCGUCUGUAAGUAAAUAAAAAAGACCUUGGUCUCAAGUAUGGGACACCCUGAUAAAAAAUCAAAGGUUAGAUUAAUAAAAUAUUUAUAGAUCUGCAAACUUCCAAGGGUUAGGGCUGAGGGGAUGGGGUGUAGGGAGGGAAUUAGCAAAGCUGACUGCCUGGAUAGCUGGCAGUCAGGUAGGUUCAAAAAACUGUAUAUGUUUGACAGAUCCUCAUCCGCUCUCCUCCUUGUGAUUGGCUAGAUGGUUCAAGGUCCAUGACCGGGUUAUCCACGCCAUCUUCACUCAUCGUCUUCAGCCUCGUGCGGCGUGACUCUGGAAACCAACAAGGAGUAUCUCAUCACCGGUGCAGUUCUCACUACUUACCCAAGUUCCAUUGCCAGCACUGGUUAAACUGCUCAAACUAUUGACUUCAUCUUGUACAAGAAAACAAGUGCUUUAGAAACAAUACUUUCUCUGUAAAUCUUCAAGUUACACUUGUAAUACUUAAUAUGUUAUGAAUUUAAAUGUUUUAUAACAAUUAUAAAUGUUUAUCAUAAUAAGUGAUGCAUUAGUUGUAAAUACCAGUGUUCUGGGCUGCAUCGGUAUGUCUACCUGCUCCAGGGUAGUUUCCGGAUCUAGGAUCAGUUUCCCCUCCGCUAAUCUUAACCGUUCAUGGGGGAACAGAGGUGAAACUGAUCCAAGAUCAGCGUCUAGGGAACACUUUUACCCUACACCAGGUUUUCCCCCACAGCACAGUGAUGGCUCACUGUCUCCUCUCUGUCUGCAGGCCAGCUGAAUACUGCUGGAAGGAUGCACAUAAUAACGUGUAACUUUAUUCAGUACUGGGAGGACCUGAGUGGCACACAAAAGAAGAGCUUGACUCGACGCUACCAAAGCGGCUGCGAUUGCACGGUGUGUGUGACUGGAAUUAUAGUAAUAUUACUUUACACCAGUUUUGUUCAAUAUUUACUCUGGUAAAACACAUGAGCUAGCGUAUUGGGGUAAUGAUCAGUCCGUCAUCUUGGUCUUUCUCUCUCCUUACUCCGAUCCACAGAUCAUCCGCUGCUCUUCCCUCCCCUGUCCGGUCAGCACCCCAGAUGAGUGCCUUUGGACAGACUGGUUGUUGGAAGAUGGCCAAAGCGGACCCCAAGCUAAGAACUUUGCCUGUCUCAAGAGGAGUGAUGGGUCCUGUACCUGGUACAGGGGGAUGGCUCAAUCCAAUUAGUAGUUCCUGGAUAUUGAAGACUCCUGAAC